UGGAUGGAGCUGCCGCGUCUCUGUCUCCGGCUCAGAGGGGAAAAAAACACGCUUUACUCGCCAGUUUACUCUGCUCAACGUUUCUUAUUCAAACGCAACAACGUGCUGCUGACAUUUUGAGAAGAGUUGUAUCUUUUUUUUUCUCUUCUACGACGUGAAAUCAAGUUUUUGGACGCGAAUAUCGGGAGAGCGAGAGUUUUACGCGUUACAGCGAGGAAGGACUUCGCAUCAGCUGCUUUUGUGGUCUCCCCCAAAUGAAACAUGGGAUAUUUUUUCCACAGGGGGAUUACAACCUGGGCGUUUACGACUUUAAAAUAGGCGGAAUGUUUUUAAGGGUUUUCCUCGAGUCGUAAUAAGGAGCGCCCUCAUUGUCCUGAGCGCACGUUCUCUCCGGAAAACGUGUUCCGCGCUGAAUAAAGUCAACGAGGUAGACUAUUCGAAAGCUCGCAAACCCAAACUGGACUGUGCUGCUGUUUCCCAACCCUGCACGGGAGCCAAACUGCUUCCUGUCAGCUGAAUUUUCUCCGGUAUGCCAUUUCAGUGGAAGUAGCCUUCAAAGUGGAAGAUGGCUUUUCACUUCCCCCAGGUUCCAGCCUAAUCCCCCUCCGUGCCCAAUGGCACAGUGACAAGGACACACUCGGCGUUCUGCAAAAGGUUAAGUAUGACUGCAGCAGCAGGUGUGCUAACAGGCUUGGCUAAGCUAAAACGCCAAGACUCCGCCCGCUCUCAUAACCGGGCCUUACCUACAUCGCCAGGCCUGGGAAACGCCCCCGAAGCUGCCCCCAGAAAGCGGAAGCGACGCACCGAUGUUGUGAUAGUACGCGGUAGGCUCCGCCUCUACUCUGCCUCCGGGUUUUUCCUUGUCCUGGGACUGGUCAUAUUGUCAGUAGGGAUCGGCAUGGCGACGCUGGGUUACUGGCCGCAGAGUAAAACCAUGCCCUCGGCCAGAUCGCCGACAGGAGGAGGAUCUAAGACAGCAACUGCUGGCGGAGCUAAAACAUCUGCCACAGGAGAAGGAAAUGGAGCCAAGAUGGUCGUCACAGACAAGGACAUGGCUAACUCCAGCACAAGCCAUAAUGUGCAAGGUUCGCCCUCCAAGCAGACUGGGGGCGCUCUGACGCGGUUCCUGGAACAGCAUCGUCACUCUGAGCGGAUGAAGAUGUUCGGGCCCUUCACCAUGGGCAUUGGGAUUUUCAUCUUCAUCUGUGCAAAUGCCAUUCUUCAUGAAAACAGAGACAGAGAAACUAAGAUAAUCCACAUGAGAGACAUGUACUCCACCGUCAUUGACAUCCAUCGCCUGAGGCAGAAAGAGCAAAAACAACACCAUCACCGCAACAGCGCCUAUGCAAGAGAAGUUGGGGAUCUUCGAGCCUUCGGAGGUGAUAACGCAGGCCGGUUGGGCAGUAACUCCCUGCUGGCGUUCUCCUCUCGGGCAGGAGGGUCGACAGAAGAGGAAGAGGUGCUGUUAGGGGACGAGGAGUUUCACAGACACGGGGGGCAGGCUAAGUUUGAUUGUAGCUUUGCGGGGCUGCUGGCACCGCUGUACAAGGAUCGCUCCCUCUGCGGCCCGGGGCUCGGGCUGGCUCACUCUGAUUCAGUGCGCCACCAGUGGUCGGUGGACGGAGAUGGGGAGAAGGGAGGACACCAUGCACGCUCUAUUGUCUCCUCCUCUAUCUCCGCAUUUACUCUCCCUGUUAUAAAACUCAACAACUGCGUUAUUGAUGAACCGGAGAUGGAGGCGAUUACUGAGGAAGAGAGAGGAGGCGAGAGGAGAGACAGAGAGAGGUCAAUGCCUCUGAGCUCCAUGGAGUCUCUGGUAGUUCCCGUAGCAUCUGUUGCCAAGGCCUCCAAACCGCCGGGCUUACACCGAAGUAACUCGGCCUCCUCUUACUCUCACUGCUCCUCUGUCUCCUCUUGCUCCCUCUCCCCUGCUCCCUCCUCUACCUCAGGCUGCUGGCUCUCCCCGGGAGCAGCAAGGAGCGACUUUGGCUCCAACUCCUCCUUGCACAUGCUCGGCAGCCACUCCAAAUCUCUGGACCUGGAGCGCGGGCCGAGCAUGCUCAGCGUGCACCCGGAGCAGCGGAAGCACCCCAGCUGGCCCCGCCUCGACCGUAGCAACAGCAGCCGUAGUACCGGUGGCAACCGGGGCAGCAGUAAAGGCUACAUGCGGCUGGAGGACAGGGAAGAGCAAGGGGAGCGGCUGCUGGAUGGGGCUGCAAGGUGUGACUACAGCAAGCGGGACAAGCUGCUCAUGAUAUCGAGAUCGCAUAAUAAUCUGAGUUUUGAGCAUGACGAGUUUAACAGCAGCACGCUGAAGAGGGGCAGCUCUGAGACUCGAUUCUGAAGACACUAAACUUAAAGUUGAAGACAGUUCUGUCCUGUUCUGUAAACUGCUUUUCAGACUGUAUAAGUGUACAGUGCGUUUGUGUCAGGGGGAAGCUGAUGAGUUUAACAGCUGUACCCCCGAGAGCAAACUCAAACGUGGUUUCAAAGACACUUAGCAGCGGACUGGAGAGCAGGGGGUAGGGGGAUCAUCUUGUUCAGAUCAGUCGAAGGUUCAGGCCUUCGACUGACUGCAAGACGCCAGCUGCCUGCGAUACCGGGUCCAGAGGUGCUGUCCUGUAUCUGACCCUGACUUGUGACCUCUGUGGAGAGAGAGGUUCCCUACAGGGAUCAAUAAAAAUAAAUCACAUUACAUCAUC